AUGCUGCAAGGGAAGAUAAAAAAGUUCAAGCUGCCGAUAAAUAACAGCAUCGACAAUUUUUUAAAGGACAUCAGCUUAAAGAAAAAUGAGUAUGUGUACGGGUGUGGGGCGGAGGAUAUAGAAAACGUGAAUCUGACGGCGGAGUGCAUAAUUAAUUAUUUCAAUUUCAUCAAUGACAGUUAUGGCAAUCUGCUACUGCUGUUGUGUCAAGAGGGAUUUGACACUGUGCUGAAUUACAUACGCAUAAGUGAUAAUUUAAACGAUGGAGAGCAGGAGAAGAUCUUCGGCUGUCUAACCAUUUUAAUUGAAAAAAGUGUAGACGUUUUUAAAAACUAUUUUAAGUGUGUAGAAAAAUGUCAUCAAAAAAAUGGGCACUGUGAUAAUGGAGUGGAAAUGUUACAAUUUAUUCUAAGCGAAAAUAAUAACAUCAUGAAUAUGAUCAUUCAGUGUUUGGAAGAUAACUACAAAGAGUAUUCUGUAAAUGAAAAGAGGAAAAAAAAAUUUACCUUUUUCGAGAUCCACGAAAUUUUAAUCUCCUACUUUAAUGCGCUCACAUUUGUAUACUUAAAUUUGUUUAAUUGUUAUUAUAGCCAUAAUUUUUGUAAACAGCAGAAUACCGAGAUGGUGGUUGUGAAUGUUCAGAGGGGGAGGAAAAAACUGAAAAAGGAAAACGAUGAAGAAACAAAUGUCGCUUUGAAAAAUAUGAAUUGUCUUUUGAACAACAUCAUUUUGUUGGUAAGCAACAUUAACUUUGACAUUUUAUAUGACCAGGUCAGCAUCCCCGUGGUGGAUUUAUACCUCCAGUUUUUUCUAAAUAUUUAUUCAAUUAACCAGGAAAAUAACAACAUGUUUAAUAUGAGUACUUACCAUGACCACAUCUCGAUGAUUAUUGGGACUUUGCUGCGGAUGUACAUUAAGGAGAAGGUAAGCGGCGGGGCUGGUUCGCUGCCUAAUAGGGGCAACACGAACAGGGAGAGCGGUAAAAAUGGGGGGAAAAAAAGCGGUGAUGCGGGGGGGCGACACAGGGGGGAUUUCAGCGAGGGGUUCAGUGAAGACAGUGGGGAUGACAAUAACGCACCUGACAGUAGCGCCGAUCAGGGUGGUACCCCAGCUGAGGAGACGAGGAGGGACCCCCCUAAGGAGGAAGACAUCAAGAGCGAAAAGUCAGUGGGAGACAAAUUCCAUUCCUUCUCCUUUACGUACAUUUUUUUAAACUCCUGCAAAAAGUGCACCAGCGUGAAUAUCUGCGACGCCCUUCUAAGGGUGAAGAACACGGACAUCCCGGCAAUCAUUAUAAAGGAGUUUAUCGAUUAUGUGAAGGAAAAUUCGCUCCUCUACUUAAACCUGAGCGUACAAACACAUGCGCAAAAUGAAAUAUUAAAUGUGCUGAAUUUUUUGGAGUAUUUAUCGAAAAAUUUAAGUGUCCAUUUGCUGUCUUUUUUGAAAGACUUGACGGACAUGCUGGGAAUUGACAUUUAUUACAUUAGAAAAUCCAUUUUCGAGAUGUUUAAAAAUUUUAUAACUUUGGCCAAGGCAAGUGAGGAAGUGAACGAGGGGGGGGGCACCGACAGGGAUGGGGAGGAUGGGCAUGCCGCUGGUAGUGAAAGGUUUCAGAUGAACAUGCACACGGGGGAGUUGGAAGACGACGGGGAGGAAGAUGACGAUGUAGAGGGGGAUGAUCUAGAUGGAGAUGAUGAUGCGGAGGGAGAUAAUGCUGGAGAGGGAGAAGCUGAACUACCCGAUGGAGAGGACGAAUCGGAGGAGACGGACCAGAACGACGACAGCAGCGACUUUUUCUCGGAAGGAAACGAUGAGGAGAGCCAGUCGUCCGAUGAGGAGGUUAAAAAAGGGAACGGAUUUAGGAAUAAGAAAGGGAAUGCGCGAAAAAAUAGCAAACGUGUUAGCAGGAAGAACGCGAAAAAGGGUAGCAUACUGAGGAAGAAGCAACAGGGACAGAACAAAAAGAGAAAAAAAAAAAAAAAAAAAAUGAACGCAUAUUUAAGGUCAUUUCGAGUAAGCGUAAACGAAAGUAGCAUCAGUACGUACAAAGAUAUUAUCCACAAAAUUGUGAUGGAGGACAUUCCAUUUUUACAACUAUGUUUUAGUGAGUGCUUAAAAAAUAGAGCCUUUGUUAUGAACGUGUUGAUGUCGAGGCAGCAUGAUUCGAAGCUGCAUGUCCGGUGCCAUUUGUUAAAAAUAUUGCAAGAGUUAAUCGAAAAUAAUUUCAUUCCCCUGAACUAUUACAAUAACUUGUGUUUGAUAUGCAGCGAGCGGAUAAAUGACAAGUCUCCACUGGUGAGGCAGAGGGCGUUUACCCUCCUUUCGUGCAUAGCGAGCGACGUGGUGAAGAAUAAGUAUGUCAUCCCGCUGAACACGAGUAGGAUAAAGAGGGAGCUGGCGAAUCUCAGCCGGAGGAAGGAGGCGCUGAAGAGGAAGGAGCAAUCCAGCGGGACGGGAAAGAAGAGAGUUAAUCUAUCCGACAGUGACAGCAGUGAUGGGGGGGGAAGCGACAUAUCGGAUCGAGACCAAGCAAACGGGAGAGCACAAACUGGUGGUAACAACAACGUACCCACGGGAGUGAACAAUAAAGAGAAGACAAAGAAGAAUCACCAGAAUAAAUACGACUUGCUAAUAAAAAUGUACAACGAGGUUUUAUUCAUUUCGAUUAUCGUUGACGACUGUGUGGAACUCUGCUUCAGGUUGCUCUACUCCGUGGUGGAGACGGACCAGAAGAGUGCCAUCCGAUUUAUUAUACUAGCACAUAUGUGUGGAAAUAAAAAAGCGCAGCAACAAAUGAACAGAGUAUGGUCUCUAAUUUUUAGUAACAACUCCAGCAUAGUAGAAAUGAUUAUCAGCGAAUUUGUAAAUGUAAAUAUAACCUGUGAUGACUAUCGGAUCAGUGCCUUUCGGUUAAUUAAUGUGUCUCUUAAUAGUAAGCUGAAGGAUCUCUCAUGUUUAGAAAAAAUAAUGGAGUGCCUGCUAAUGCAGGAGAAGUCCAUCGUAAGUGUUACCAAAUUGCUGGAUGAAUUGUUUAAUAUCAUUUUUGUAGAUACUUUUAGUGAGAACAAAAAUUUGAUCAUCAAGGAAGGGGCCCUCCUCCUCAUGAAGAUACUCUGCUAUUCCAUUCACACGGUUAAUUUGAAAAAAGGGAAGAAGGAACAUCACUUUGUUUUUAGCAACAAAAGGAAGCAUCUCAUUUUGGUCUUCAUCAAUCAAUACAAGGAAAAUCUUCACUUCAUCAAUUUGCUAAUUUUAAUUCUGAGGUAUAAUAAGACGAAUAAAAUUGUCCAAAAUUUACUCAUCAUUUUGUUUAACCUUGUUUUUGAUCAUAUAUCUGAUGGGAAGGGGGAGAAAAAUGGGGAAACCUUUUCCGCUAGUGAGUUGAAUCCCCGGGCAUCCUCCCUGGGGAAGAGCAAAAAGGGGCGUACCAGCAUUAACGGCGUUGUAGUGAACACACACAGUGGGGAAACUCCCCAACUGGUUGACUGCUUCCCCUUGCACGAUGACCGAAAUGUGUGGUUUAAGUGUUGCCAAUCCAUUGUGGAAAGCAUGUACGAACACUUUGAUGAUUUCCUCGCCAUCUUUACGAUGAAGAUGAAGAACAUGUUUAGUGCCAUCGUGUGUGGUGGGAACAGAAGUGCGAAUGAAGAUUUGAGUGAAAGCAGGGGGAGAGACAGCUCGGCGUGCAGACUGCGCAGCAAGGGAGUGGACGAGGGGGAAGAGAGCGCAGUAGACAAGUCCAACAAAGUGUCCUGCUUCAUGCUAACCAAAUUUAUAUUCGUGUCAGGCCACCUAGGGUUAUAUACCUACAUAUAUGCAGAAAAGAUACAAAACAAUUUGAAGAAAAUCGCCUCAAAAAGUGACAGCAACUAUGGAAUGUGCACGAAGGAAGAAAAGGACAGGGAAUAUUUCGACUACGUGGUUGAAAAUAUGAUUGUGUGUAAUAAUUUGUUGGGCAAGAAAAUUAUGCCUUUAAUAUUUUUAAUUUUGAGUAACCCGGAGGGUUUUUUUAAUGACUGCGUAGUUAAGGGUGAGGUGGAAGGGGAAGCGGGAGCGGGAGCGGGGAAGAAGUGGCCUCUUAAAAGUGGCAGUUUCGCUCCGUUUAAGGGCGCCGACAAUGCGAAGGAUGACAUCUACAUGCAUUAUGAGAUGUACCUACUCGUCCUGGUUUGUCUGCUAACCCUGUGCAAGUUUUGCAUAAUUUCGCAAAAGUUUUGCCAGAGCGUUGUGAGGGACCACGUGUCGAUUAUACAGCUGAUUGUGUCCAUCAUAACGGAGGAGGGGAACUCCAUUUUUGAGCUGAAAACGGAGGCGUUGCUGGGGGGAGGGGGCGCCCCCUCGAAUGGAGACGACGCGGGGAGCGACCGCAUGUUGAGCGAUGAGAGUGACGGUGGUUACGGCGGUGACGAUGGUGGCCAUGGCAACCGUGGUAGUCAUGAUAACCGUGGUGGGGCCCCUUCCGGGCAGUCCUCCUCCCGCAGGGGCAGACGGAAGAGGGGAGAAGCCAAAAAGGAAGACACCCAUUUGUGCAUCGAAGAUGAGAAGGUGGAGGGAUUCGCCACCCCUGAGGAGGGAAGCAGCGGGGAGGACCCGUGGAGUCUCUUUCGAAGCAAAAUCAUGUUCAGGACGAUCUCAAACAUAAGGAAAAUGCUCCUAAUCAGUUACGCCGAUUUGUUAUACAGGCACCCAAAUUUAUUGGAGCCGUAUAACAAGUACAUUUUUAAAGUUCUGAACGAUAGGGAUAUAAAUAUGAGAAGGACAGCCGUCUCUGUCUUUACGCACCUCUUCAUGACGGACACGGUGAAGGCCAGGAAUAUCCUGCUGGUCCAUAUGAUGUACUUAACCAUCGACCAGGAUGAAAAAAUAUCGAGUGGGUCCAAAUCGUUCUUCUAUGAAUUAGACAGGAAGUCGCAUGUGACCCUGGUGAACAAUAUAUGCGAUAUGAUUUCCGUGUUGGCGAAAAAUGAAAAGAAACUCAAAUACGAAAUGAAUAAAGAAAUUGAAGAGUUCCUUCUGAGCUUUAUUAAAAAGAGUAAAUAUAACGAAACGUUGGUUGAGAAAAUUUUUAAAAAAAUGAAAGAAGUUAAUAUUAACAAAACGGACGCGCUGAAACUGUACAUGCAGGUCUUUCUAAACAUUCAAAUUGAUGAGAAGGUGCUCAGCAGAAUGAAUAAAUGCUUUCCCCUGAUCAGAUACAUCAUAAGGGAGAAUCAGUACAUUCAAGACAGUUUCAUUCAUAUAUGUAAGAAGGCCACCGAGAAAAAGAGGGGAAGGCCCGCAGAGGAAGGGCAGCACCAACAGCAGCAACAACAGCAGCAGCAGCAGCAGUUGAAUGCGUCCAACAAUGAAAAGGGAAAUAACGAACGGGUCGAAAAUGACAAAUCGGAAAAUAAAAUGAGGGAACUGGCUGAAGAUAUUUUAAGCAAAAUAGAGUCCACCACAAAUAAAUCCAAAAACGUUUCGAACGCUCAUGGGGGUGCAACAAAUGCUGUUUUGAAGGAGUCCAGAAGUAAGGACGACGAUGAUGUGGUUAGAAAUGACGAGGAACUGAGCAUGAGCAGAAAUGAGGAGGGUGACAAUUAG